UUGUUUGCGACGGAAAGCGUGACGUGCCAAGACGGACGGCGAGAGGGAUACAGGCCGGGUCGAGAGGGAUACAGGCCGGGUCGAGAGGGAUACAGGCCGGGGCGAGAGGGAUACAGGCCGGGGCGAGAGGGAUACAGGCCGGGGCGAGAGGGAUACAGGCCGGGGCGAGAGGGAUACAGGCCGGGGCGAGAGGGAUACAGGCCGGGUCGAGAGGGAUACAGGCCGGGGCGAGAGGGAUACAGGCCGGGUCGAGAGGGGUACAGGCCGGGGCGAGAGGGAUACAGGCCGGGGCGAGAGGGAUACAGGCCGGGGCGAGAGGGACACAGGCCGGGUCGAGAGGGGUACAGGCCGGGGCGAGAGGGGACGGGGACGGCCCGAAGAGCCUUCCUUGAGCUGUGGAGCGGACAACAAGCCGAGACAUGGCGACCGAUUUCAGUGAGCGCAUGAACCCGUCGAUUUGUGAGAUUGGCAGCAUGUCCCGCGAUGACGACAGGGACAGGGACUGGGAAUCGUUGCUGUUUGAAGAGCUGAAUGAGACCAGCAACAUGUUUGAAGCUUUGAAAAAUAAUCCAUUUGAUAUGAACAUGGAUGUUGAUUUCAGUUUGGAAUUCAUGUCCUGGGAUUAUGAUCCUUGGGGACCAACGUGCAGUUCAUCUCCAGAUGAACAAAUGAAGUCUGAGCCUCAAUCUCCAGCUUCAAACUAUUCAGUGCCUUCUCCUGCUGAUUCAACAUUACAACAUGACGAGCUGCUCUUCACUUCAUCACCUCAAUCCUCACCAAGCUCAACAUGUUCUUCCACAGCACAGGAGUUAAACGUGCAAUGUUCACCUGAAACAAAACAAAGCAUCUUAGAACAAGUAAACGUCCCUUCAAAUACAUCAAAGCAGAAGCCUAUUCAGCCAAAGCCCAUCUUCAUUCCAGCUUUACCAGUUUCGCAGUCAAGUCCAGUGUUAUCUGGGAAAACCAUUAUAAUUAAACCGAUUCAAAAUGUUAUGUCCAUUCUGAAAAAACAGCCAAUUAGAAUCUAUCCUGCUCCUGCUGGUCACCCUGUUGUGGUUUCUCAGCCUACAGUGGUGCAGCUUCAGCCACAAGGCAUUCUUAAUUCUCAUCCUGUGAUAAAUGUGGAUGGUGGAACCAGUCCCGUGGGCACAGUGCCGGUCAGAAUCCUGACGCCAGCCAACAGCAGCAUAAUGAAUGAAAAAGUUUCAGUGACAAAUGCAAUUAUUUCAACUGGGAUUAACAAUAAGAAGCAAGAUGUAAAUGCACUACGACGGCAAGAAAGAAUGAUUAAGAAUCGUGAAUCAGCUUGUCUUUCCCGAAGAAAGAAGAAGGAUUAUCUACUGAACCUGGAGCACAGGCUGAAGUCUGCACUUGUGGAAAAUGCAAAGCUGAAAAAUGAAAAUGGCUCUCUUCAAAAACAGCUCCAGGAUUUGAUGUCUGAGAAUCAGCAAUUAAAAGUUACUGCUCCAAGAAGAAGAGUUGCAUGUGUCAUGGCCUUGUUGGUGUUUAUGGCACUCAGUUAUGGCCCUGUAAGCAUAUGGGAUAGUGAUUCCAGUGCACUGCAGACCACCGUUAGUUCCACCAUCCACAACAGACAUCUGUUGGGGUUUUCUGAUGAAAGUGGAGCUGGAAGUUAUCAAGAAACGCUCACUGAAGGCAACAGUUACAGAAAUGGAAUUUCAAUUUCGGAAAAGAAGGAUCUCAUGGUGGUAAAGGAUGAAUCUCUUCUCUUUGUCCAACGAGCAUGUCAACCACACGUCAACAGGACUGAGUCACUUCGGCUUGUAGACGAACUUCGUGGGUGGGUCCAUCGACAUGAAGUAAUCAGUGACAAGUCGAGGAAAGGAUCCAAGAUGCUUCAUAAAUUAAGGACUUUAUCGAAAUCUGUGGAUAAGAAGACUGAUGUUGCCAAUUAUGUUACAAGGAAGUACACAGACAUUGAUGAGAAAUCCCAUCUUGACAGAAACUCAGGGAGUGAAUUGCAAGUUUAUUAUGCGCCAGACAAGCGUUACCCAAGCUUCUUUGAAGCCAUUCGUAGGAGAGGAGAUACAUUUUAUCUGAUAUCAUUUCGGAGGGAUCAUUUUUUGCUGCCAGCUAUAAGCCAUAACAAGACAACCAGACCAAAAAUGUCUCUUGUUCUACCAGCAAUGAAGAUUGAUGACCGUUUAAUCAAUGAGCCGAAGGAUCAUGAGGUGAUGAUGCAGAUAGACUGUGAGGUGAGGGCCACUAGAAUCAUUCACAUCAAGACAUCAUCGAUACCUGCCUUUCUGCGAGAGCGCCAGGAAAAUCACACAGAUACAUAUCAGCGGCCAGCACCAACACCUACUCACGCUGCUCCCCCUAUCAUCACAGAAUCUGCACAAGGGACUGGCGUCAACAUGUACCAGUAGUGUAGCACUCACCUAAAAACAUUGUAUUUUUAACCACUGCACUGCUAUCUCUAAAGGUCACUGGUUCUAAGGACUCAUGUAAUGCAUUUGAACAUACGAUGAUUGGAUACAAUUUAUUUUUAAUUUGAUUUGAUCGAAAUUGUCACCAAACAACAAACCAAAUCGGUGCUUUUUUGUGAUGGUACAAUGCUUUGUCAUUUCUAAUAAGUCACAUAACCAGGUUAUCAGUUUUUUAAUUUAACAAAAACAUAAUUAAUUUAGCGAUCAAGCGUCAAACAGCUAAUAGGACACCGAUCGGCCAUAUAAUCAACAAUAAAGAACUAUAUGCGUACCGGCACCUUUUGUCCAUGAAAAAAGCAUUAAAGAUAGACAUAAAAAGCUGGAGUAACUCAGCGGGACAAGCAGCACCCAUGGAGAGAAGGAAUGGGUGACGUUUCGGGUCGAGAGUCUUCAAACUCAGAGAAGGGUCUCGACCUGAAACGUCACACAUUGAGUCUGAAGAAGGGACUAGACCCAAAACGUCACCCAUUCCUUCUCUCCGGAGAUGCUGCCUGUCCCGCUGAGUUACUGCAGCUUUUUAUGUCUAUCCGGUUUAAACCAGCAUCUGCAGUUCCUUACUACGCUAAACCAAACUAAUUUGAUUUGACACUGCAUGACUCGAGUCUAAUUAAAAUUUUGUUUGGGAUGGAUUUUGCUUAUGACAGGAUAGCCAUGGGCUCCGACAGUGGAAUAUUUUGAGGGAAAUCCAAAGAAAUAAAAGCAAUAGCCUGAAGCAUUAUUCAUCUUUGCUAAGACUGCAAUUGCUAUUGCAAGCAUGUUUGCAUUGUCAAAAGUUUUUUAACUUUAAGCCAUGAAACCUAUUGCUUUUUCCGGUUGGAAAUUUAGCGGUGGCUUGUUUUGCUUGGUAGCACAUGACUCGUUAAUUUUUUUUGCCCGUUAACCUUUUCCUUAAGAAGUCACCCAUUGGUGUUCUUGGAUGUUCUUCAGUCAAGAAUUCUGUUUAUUAAUCUGCCUAAACUCAUUGAUUAAAUAACAGCUCGCUUCAUAUCAGUGAUGAUCAGACCAACCACAUGACUGAAAAAUUACUAAUCACUAUUGUUUCUCUUUAUCAAAAUCACCGAUACCUAUCAUGAGCAUAGCCCUUGGACUCAGCAGGUCAUUAUUUUGUCUAAAUGACUAUUGUUCAAGUACAAAUUGUACACAAAGUACAACCUGAUUGAUGGUUGUGGUCUGUCAUAUCUGAGCCCAUUCCUGCAUAAUGUCAUGUUUCAUUACCCGAAAAUCUCAUGAAUAUGUGAUCCAGGGCAGGGAUCUUACUUUGCUAUUUCUGAUCUCUUGGUCCUGGCACUCUGUAGCAAUGUCUGCAACUCAAUCUGUCCAUCACUACCUGGCUCAUUACUGACCAAACAUUUGACCUGGGCCUUUGUGACUCGGCAUCACAGCAUCAUUUACUACAGUUCUUGGCGCACUGAUUUUGGAUCUCAAUCAACCGUUUACAUGACAUGUUGUUCUGACACCACUGCAUAUGUACUUUCUCCAGCCUUCAGUACCAGGAUAGCAAUUAUUUGUGAAACUUUCCAGUUGACUAGAAUUUAUUGGCAACGUUGUGGUCAAGUUCUGGGGUUUCUUGAAGGAGAGUCACUGCAUGUCAAGUUGUUGAAAAUUACCACAUCCUGAACAGUGGCCAAAUGCUUCAAUUGUCAAAUCUGCCUGGUCUCAUUCCAGUGUCAGGUGACGCCAAUAAUGAUAACCUAUUCCGCUGAAUACAUACAAACUCUCAGUUCAUUUCAGAGCUGAAACACACCAUUUGUAACCCCCAUCAGGCCUGUUCAAAUUGUAACCCGAGGCAGAUUGUUAGUUGCAAACAGCAUCAAGUUCAGAAUUUAUCCUUUGUUUAUUACUUACAGUUCAUGAUUGUAAAUCAUUUAAAAGAAUGUACUUAGUUCUGUAUCCUUUGUUCCCUCUCUCCUCAUUUAUAUAAUUUAUUUCGAGAUGUUAGAUUGUGAUAUUGCAAACAUUUCUGUACUUCAAUAAAUUUGUUAUUUAUCUUCUCAA